AUGGAACGACGCGACGCUCGACGACUCGAGCGCGUGGAGCGCGCCCGCGGCGGGCGACGACGAGACCCGACGCCGGUGACGCCGUGGGUGCGGCAGGUCAUCUCCGGCGACCAGCUCCUCCGCAGCGCGCGAUACAACAAGGGCAUGGCGUUCACGGACGACGAGCGCGACAAGCUCAGGCUGCGCGGACUCCUCCCGCCCGCGAAGUUCACGCAAGCGACGCAGGUGAAGCGCGUGAUGAAAAACGUGCGCGCGCUGGACUCGCUCGUGGCGAAGCAUCUGCACCUCGUCGGGCUGCAGGAGAGGAACGAGAACUUGUUCUUCCGCGUCCUCAUCGAGCACGCGGACGAGCUCAUGCCGGUGAUGUACUCGCGCGAUUCCGUCGGGCGGGUGUGCGCCAAGUUCAGCGAGGUGUUCAAUCGUCCGAGGGGGCUGUACGUGUCGCAUCUCGACCGAGGACGCGUCUACGGCAUCUUGAAGAACUGGCCGGAGACGAAGGUCAAGCUCGUCGUCGUCACCGACGGCGAGCGCGCGAUGGGGAUGGGGGAUCUGGGCGUUCAGGGCAUGGGCGUCGCCGCGGCGAAGACGAACCUGUACACGUCGUUGGGGGGCGUGCAUCCGUCGGAGACGCUCGCGGUGUGCGUCGACGUCGGGACGAAUAAUAAAACGCUUCUGAACGAUCCGUUAUACAUCGGCACGAAGACGGAGCGAAUAACCGGGGAGGUGUACGACGACCUCAUGGACGAGUUCAUCGCUGCGGUAAAGCGACGGUUCGGCGAGCGAACGGUCGUGCAGUUCGAGGACUUCUCGAACCGAAACGGAAAGCGUCUGCUCGAUCGAUACGUCAGCUCGGCGACCGCGUUCAACGACGACAUCCACGGCGUCGCCGCGAGCACGCUCGCGGGGAUCAUCGCCGCGGAGAGCAAGACGGGGAAGAGCGCGAGCGAGCACACGUAUCUCAUCGCCGGCGCGGGCGAGACCGGGACGGGCAUAGGCGACAUGAUCGCCGAGUACAUCGCGACGACGAGCGAGCCGAAAUCCACCGUCGUGGAGGCGCGGAGAAAGAUCUUCUUCGUGGACAGCAAAGGGCUGGUGACCCGCGACCGCGCGGAGAAGGAGCCGGACCUCGCGCUGCAUAAGCUCCCGUACGCGCACGACGGCGUCGCGGACGCGAGCACGGUGUUGGACGCGAUUCGCGCGGUAAAGCCGACCGCGCUCAUCGGCGACGUGCUGCGAACCAUGGGCGAGCUGAACGACGCGCCGUUGAUAUUCGCGCUCUCCAGGCACGAGGGCAUCAGCGAGUGCACCGCCGCGGAGGCGUACGCGGCGACGGGCGGACGGUGCGUCUUCGCCGCGCGCGUGAACACGCCGCCGUUCGUCCCGCCCCCGGGCUGCGGGUCCAACGGAGGGAAGACGAUCACGCUGCAGCCGUCGACGUCCGCGUACGUGUUCCCCGGGUUCGCCAUGGGGUUGAUCCUCGCGGACGCGUCGCGGGUGCGCGCGCCGCUGUUCAUCGCCGCGGCGGAGGCGGUGGCGGCGGCGGUGACGGAGGAGGAAUUGAGCCAGGGGGCGGUGUAUCCGAGGGUGAGCCGGAUGCGCGAGGUGGCGGCGUCCGUCGCGGCGAACGUCGCCGCGGCGUGCUACGACAGCGGGCUCGCGACGACGACGGCGAAGGAGCAGGCGCCGACGUACGAGAAGCUGUUGGAGACCGCGAAGAAGCGGCGGUACGAUCCGAGCUAUCGAUCGUACAUGUAAUUUUUUUGAUGAUCGAAACGCGCGGAAUCGCAAUCGGUCGAUCGUCGUUCAGACGGGAGUGGAAUCUGAAUCUGCUGUUUGCAAUCAAUCUACUAGUCGCUAU